UCGCAAACUUGAUGCCGGAAGAGAAACAUCGAAAUGGCGAACGCACUGAGAUUGUGCUGUGAUGUUGUUCGAUGGUUUCCAGUCGUAUUUAUAACGGCUGUUGUUGUAUGGUCGUAUUAUGCAUACGUUGUCCAACUUUGUGCUCUAACAGUUCCCAGCAUAAUAGAAAAAGUUGUAUACCUGAUCCUGUACCAUCCACUGCUGAUCCUGUUUAUGUGGUCAUAUGCUCGAACUAUAAUGGCUGCUCCAGGCAAAGUCCCACGCCAGUUUUACUUAAAUAAACAAGAUUCGGACCGUCUGACAAGAGAAACAAAUGAAGACGUACAAAAGGCAAUAUUAAUGAAUGCUGCCAAGGAUCUGCCAAUAGUGAACAGAACAUCAUCAGGAUUGCCACGUUAUUGUGAAAAGUGUAAAUGUAUAAAACCAGACAGAUGUCAUCAUUGUUCUGUGUGUGGGGCGUGUGUACUAAAGAUGGACCACCACUGUCCAUGGGUUAACAAUUGUGUGGGGUUCACAAAUUACAAGUUUUUCGUACAGUUUUUGGGUUACGCCCUUAUAUACUGUCUUUAUGUAGCUGCUACAUCUGUGAAAUAUUUCAUUUUGUUUUGGUCGGGUGAAGGAAACAGAGACAUGGGCAAGUUUCAUGUGUUAUUCCUCUUCUUCGUUUCAAUCAUGUUUGGGAUCAGUCUGAUUUCUCUGUUUGGAUAUCACUGUUACCUUACAGCCAGUAACAGAUCUACAUUAGAGGCGUUUAGAUCCCCUAUUUUCCAAAGCGGUCCAGAUAAAAAUGGCUUCAGUCUGGGAAAGUAUAGUAACUUUAUUGAAGUCUUUGGUGAAACAAAGAAGCAAUGGUUUUUACCUAUAUUUUCAACUCAAAGAGACGGGGUGUCCUUUCCUACUCGCACGAAGCAAGCUAAUACGUACCAAACAAUGGGUAAAACACAAAGUGUGGGGGAUGGUGUAAACUACCCUACCCGGACCGUGGACCUGGACAGUGAUGGUCUGCUGGCUGAGAGACAGAGGUGGAUGGAGGAAGGAGGAGAAUUAGGAAAUAGCUAUGGUGCCCAUGACAACACUGGGAUGAACCUUGAGUUAAGAUAGUGUUGCUUGCUGAUGGAGGAAGAGAGACAGUGGUUGUGCUGUCUGGUGUGAAGGGAUUGACAAGCAGUAAUGACUCUCAGAGGGACAGAGGUGGCCUCCUUUCGAGAAAAUAAAUACCGGUAUAUUAGGCACCCUCUGGUGGCAUAUUACUAAUAAAAUGAUCUUAUUGAGUAUAAUCUUAAAGGAUAGUGUCGCUCCCUAGGGAGUGAUAUCUGACCGAGGUUUGUGCUCCCUUGUGAGUGAAGUCUGACUGAUGGUGACACACUCUUGUGAGUAAAGUUUUGACUGAUGAUGGUACAGCUCCCUAGGGGUAAAAUCUUACUGAUAGUGGCGCUCUCUAGUGAGUGAAACUUUGACUGAUGGUGGCGCUCUCUAGUGAGUGAAACUUUGACUGAUGGUGGCACCCUCUAGUGAGUGAAACUUUGACUGAUGGUGGUGCUCCCUAGUGAGUAAAAUUUAAUAUGACACUCUUUGGUGAGUGAAUUGUUUCCUCUGGCAGGAGAGCACUGGUUGUGGAACAGCCAUGGGAAUAUUUAAGGAUCCGGACAAUUUCUCUUCAAUGUUUUGGACUUGGUCAGCUGAACAUAAUAACUUCCAAGAGGUGUCCAGGUACAAGAAGCUGAAGAUUUCAACUAGAAACCGAUGACAUCAUGUGGAAGCUAAUCAUAUGAUAGUCACAUCUCUUGCCAAUGGCCUAUGAACUAAACCUUUCCUUCAGCAAUUAACGAUAUCAAUGAUUUGUCCAAGAAGUAGGUCUGUUCUAAUUACCUGUAGGUACAUUAGUAAAGGAUCUAGAUAAUCAUCCAUUUCUAGAAACACCUGCUUUUGAGGAUUUUUGAGAAUUCAUUUGGUGUAGUUCACAAAGACACCUGUUAACGCAAUACAUUAUUGUGAUAAUCUUCAGGAAUGAUAAUGAAAAUAUAUUUAUGUUAAUUUUUUUUUUAAUCUCAUAACAAUGGCAUAGUUGUGUACUUGGUACAACUUGUAUAGCUGUGAGUAAAAUUGUAGGUGGCAUUUGAGCUUAAGGACAUUUCACAAGGUCAAGGUCAAUUGGUUACUUUGUGAUUUAAUUUAUGUCCAGGAACAUUGGCAUUGGGACAGGGUUGAUUGACCAAUAAAUAAUGUAAUAAUAUGGUUUUCUUGUGUGGCUUUAAUUGAUUGUAUGAUGUUUACAUAUUUAUUUAUUUUUUAUAAGCCAAGAGUUACUUCUGUUAUCUCCAAAGGGAUACAUAUAUACCUAUGCUCAAAUCUGUUUGAUGAAUCAUUGGUUGAGAAUGUUUUUAAGCUCUUGUCCGAGUCGGGAACUAUUUGAUAGAUAUAGCACAAGACUUACCUGCUAUUAGGACAUAAUGUUAGUUAGACAUACUUACCUGUGACGUUUUUAUCAAUGCAUCAUUUAUUGUGUACAUAGAAACUGAUAGUCCCAAAAAUUGUGAUUUUUUUAUUGAUUUAAAAAAAAUUAGUCUGGGUUUAAUCACUUCCAGAUUGAUAUAAAAAAAUCAGUAAGAUAUCAGAAUAAUGUGGGCUAGGGAAAUAGUAAAUAUAGAUGGGUAAUGAUAAGAGGAAAAGAGAGGGGAAAAUAGCAAUGUUUGAAAAUAUUCUCCAAAAUGAUUUAUUCAACAUAUUUGAGACUAGAUGUAUAUAAAUAUAUUAUAUAUAUACUACUGCUACUUGAUAAACAUUAUAUUUGUAUAUAUAUGCAUUAUGUGAUACAAUGUAUGUUUAUAUCUGAUCUCAUCGAUGUGUUAUGAGGCUGAAUCCAAGAUGUAGUAUUGUUUGUGUUGUGUUUGUGUUGUGUUGUUGCUAAGACAAUGUAUUUUAAUUAGCUUUCUGUGUUCGAGAAAGAAUUUGGAGGAAUUGAUAUCUAGCUGCACUCCAAAUACCAGAAUUUUGGUGAAAUGUUAUUUAAUUUCUAGUAAAAAUACAAAAAAAAAAUUCUAAGAAAUUAUUUCUAUCUUUAAAAGAUAUUUAUAUUUGAGAUUUUUUUUCCCGUUAAAAAAUAAUCUGCACUAAAAUGUAAGGGUUAAGCUGGCAUAAAGUAAUUAAAAAGAUUUCCUUAAGGUGUAAUGAGAUUGGCCAAUCUAACUUGAGACCUCUGUUAAUACUCGUGUUGUAUUGGUCCACAUGUAAUAAGCUUGCCGCUGUAUGUUUGUUCCAUCCUGUCAUAUGAGGCCGAAACGUUACUUUCUUUGAGGUUACACACUUAUUCACAGUAAUAUUUGUUGUUUGUGGGCAGGAUUUUUUUCUACCUUUCAUGAUUUGAUUAUGGUUCCUUGACAGUAUCAAUUUAUUUCUGGAUUACCAGUUCAUACUGCUAUUAUAUUUAGGAAAAAAACAAGAACUGCUGAAAUUUCUGUAUUAAAUUUGCCUCUAGUUUUUAAUCCAAUUAUGUGCAAUAUAUUAAGAAUUCCUUUGUCAUAGUUUUUACCUUGUAUACAAUUAAUUGGGUAUAUCUUGGUAUUCAGUGAAACCUGUCUAUAUGGGGCAGUCAAGAAAACAGAGAAAAGUGCUCUUUAUAGGCAGGUGUCUUUUA